CGGCCCGGGCGGGGCCCCCCGCCGGAUGCGGCGCUUCGGGUGUUUGUGCUCCCGAAGGCACCGGGAGCGUCGGGAGGAGGGGGGGCAGCCCGCGGGCGGAGCGGCCCCCGAGGAUGCCGUGAGCCCCCGCUGAGCCAUGUGGGGCCCGAGUGACCCCGGGCAGCGCUGGUGGCAGCGGGCGGUGCGCCGGAGGCUGCCCGUGCUCGGCUGGCUGCCGCGCUACUCGCUGUCCUGCCUGCGGCUCGACCUGACCGCCGGCGUCACCGUGGGGCUCACGGUGGUGCCGCAGGCGCUGGCGUACGCCGAGGUGGCCGGGCUGCCCGUGCAGUACGGCCUCUACUCUUCCUUCGUGGGCUGCUUUGUGUACUGCCUCCUGGGCACCGCCAAGGACGUGACGCUGGGCCCCACCGCCAUCAUGUCCCUGCUUGUCUCGUCCUACGCCUUCCAUGACCCUGCCUAUGCUGUGCUGCUCGCCUUCCUGUCCGGCUGCAUCCAGCUGGCCAUGGGGCUCCUGCACCUCGGUUUCCUCCUGGACUUUGUUUCCUGCCCGGUCAUUAAGGGCUUUACGUCGGCUGCUUCCAUCACCAUUAGCUUCAACCAAGUCAAGAACAUCCUGGGGCUGCGGGGGGUCCCUCGACAGUUUUUCCUGCAGGUGUAUGAGACGCUGAGGAGGAUCGGGGAGACCAGGGUCGGGGAUGCUGUCCUGGGGCUGGCCUGCCUGGCCGUGCUCACAGGGCUGCGGGCCAUGAAGAGCCGCCUGCACCCCGCUGCCCGCACGGAACCUCUGGCUACCAGGGCCAGCGUCCUGCUCGUCCGGAGCUGUGCCACCGCACGCAACGCCCUGGUGGUGCUGGCUGCCGGCCUGGUGGCAUACUCCUUCCAGGCGAGUGGCUCCCAACCGCUGACGCUCACCGGCAGCGUCCCCCAUGGGCUCCCCCCGUUCCGCCCACCGCCCUUCUCCAAGGCCGUUCCCAAUGGCACCGUGCCCUUCAGCAGGAUGGUGCAGGACAUGGGGGCCGGGCUGGCCGUGGUCCCACUGGUGGGCGUGCUGGAGACCGUCGCCAUUGCCAAAGCCUUUGCCUCGCAGAAUGAUUACAGGAUCGAUGCCAACCAGGAGCUGCUGGCCAUGGGAACUGCUAACGUCCUGGGCUCCUUCUUCUCCUCGUAUCCCAUCACAGGAAGCUUUGGCAGGACAGCAGUGAACGCGCAGACGGGGGUCUGCACCCCCAUGGGGGGGCUUGUCACAGGCACCCUGGUGCUGCUGUCCCUGGCCUACCUCACCUCCAUCUUCUGCUACAUCCCCAAAGCGGCGCUGGCAGCCGUCAUCAUCUCUGCUGUGGUUCCCAUGUUUGAUGCCAGGAUCUUCAGGACGCUCUGGAGGGUUAAGAGGCUGGACCUCGUUCCCCUCUGCGUGACAUUCCUGCUCUGCUUCUGGGAGGUGCAGUAUGGUAUCAUGGCUGGAGUGCUGGUCUCAGGGAUCCUCCUGCUCUACUCCGUGGCCAGGCCCCCGAUCAAGGGCAGACCCCAACCCUCAGCCCACCGUGACUCAGCCCCAUGGGCCUCGUGCAGGUGUUGGAGCAGGGCACGCUGCUCGUGCAGCCGGGGAGCAGCCUGCACUUCCCCGCCACUGACCACCUCCAGGACAUCAUCCGUGCUCGAGCGCUGGCAGCAUCUCCACCGUGCUCUGUCUUCCUGGACUGCCACCACGUCAGCAGCAUCGACUACACGGCGGUGGUGGGGCUGGCCGAGCUGCUGCAGGAGCUGCGCAAGCACGGCAUCUCGCUGGUGUUCUGCAGCCUGCAGGACCCGGUUCUCCGAGCCCUGCUGGCUGCAGACUUGGAAGGAUUCCGACAUUUUCCCAGCUGGGAGGAGGCAGAGCGCUGUGGCGAAGUGGAGCUGGGGGGCAGCGGGACAGUGCCCAUCGACAGCACCAGUGAGAGCUCGCUGCUGCCUGCAGGGCUUAUCCAGUGAGGCAGAGCAGCCGUGUGGGGCUCGCUCCGGGCCGUGUCUCUGCCCCAAGAGCUGCUCCCGACGGCCCCAGGGGCUGCACAUCAUGUGCCUGCGAGGGCAGGCAGUGCUUGGCAGAGAGACACGGGGACAGAGGAGCGACCUGACCCGAUGGAUUCCCCUCACUGCUGCCGGGAUAAAGUCACCCCCUGGAAGAAGCUGCCUUUUCAAAUCGGAUGUUUUAUUUCUGGAGACUUUUGUUACUCCGUUACACUUCAGAGAAUCAUAAAAUCUUUGAGCUCUGACACACAGACGCGCGUUUCAAGGACGUCGGAGCUGCCCCGCAGCCCAAGGCCACGCUGCAGCUCACACUGCAGGAGAUUAAAGCAUUGGUUUUAUGCUCCUUA